CCCCCAGCCCGCCCACACUGCCUCCGCUUCCUCACUCUCACUCAAUUCUCGCUCCUAGGGUUUUCCAUGGCUUCUUCGUCCUCCGAUCAUGCCUUGAAACACGAAGCCGGUGCCGGUGCCGGAGGAGCAGUGGGGGAAUCUUCCGAGGUCGUUAUUGCCAACGAUCAGCUUUUACUGUACAGAGGCCUGAAGAAGGCCAAGAAAGAGAGAGGUUGUACUGCCAAAGAGCGCAUCAGUAAAAUGCCUCCCUGUGCUGCUGGAAAACGAAGCUCUAUAUACCGCGGAGUCACUAGGCAUAGAUGGACUGGUCGUUAUGAAGCUCAUCUUUGGGAUAAAAGUACUUGGAACCAGAACCAAAACAAGAAGGGAAAGCAAGUGUAUCUGGGAGCAUAUGAUGAAGAAGAGGCAGCUGCUAGGGCAUAUGAUCUGGCUGCCUUAAAAUAUUGGGGUCCUGGGACUCUUAUUAAUUUUCCAGUGACUGAUUAUGCAAGGGACCUUGAAGAAAUGCAGAACGUUUCAAGAGAGGAAUACCUUGCAUCUCUCAGGAGAAAGAGCAGUGGGUUCUCAAGGGGAAUCUCUAAAUAUCGGGGUCUCUCGAGUCGAUGGGAGUCUUCAUUUGGUCGUAUGCCAGGCCCUGAUUACAUCAACAGCAUAAAUUAUGGUGCUGGAGAUGACCAAGCAACAGAAAGCGAAUUUGUUCACAGCUUCUGCAUUGAAAGGAAGAUUGACUUAACAAGUUACAUUAAGUGGUGGGGAUCCAACAAAACUCGAACGGCAAAUCCUGGCUCAAAAUCCUCUGACGAAGACAAACAUAGUUGUGCUGGAGAAGUUGGUAGUGAACUCAAAGCUCUCGGACAGACUGCCCGUCCUACAGAGCCAUACGAGAUGCCCUGUUUGGGUACAUUACAGGGAGUAAAGAAGGCAGCUUCCAAGGUUUCUGCUUUAAGCAUUUUGUCACGGUCAGCCGCCUACAAGAGUUUGCACGAGAAAGCUUUGAAAUUGCAGGAAAUUAACAAUGAGAACGAUGAGAAUGAAAAUAAAAACACUGUUAACAAGAUAGAUCACGGGAAAGGAGUUGAGACACAUAAAAGUCAUGGAAGUGAUCCUGGUGAGAGAUAUGGUGUUGCUUUGGGAAUGAGUGGUGCAUUGCCACUUCAGAGAAAUAUGUUCCCCUUGACUCCGUUCUUAACUGCACCUCUUCUGAGCAGUUACAACACUGUUGAUCCCUUGGGAGAUCCAAUUCAUUGGACAUCUCUCGCUUCUGUUCUUCCUACUGGACUUUCUGGCGCACCUGAGGUUACAAAGACCGAAACCUCUUCAACUUACACUUUGUUUCGGCCGGAGGAAUAAAACUUCUUGCUUACCCCACAAUGAGGUUUAAGUUUAUCUCAUUUGGAUUGUAUCUCUAUGCUGAUAUUGCAGGAGCUGUACAUGAGAACAAGCUUCUAAGGAAUAAAGCUUUACAUAUAUCACAAUACACGCACAUAAGAGCACGGUACACAUCAUACUUAUCAUUGUCACCCUUGGCUUUUCUUGAUUUUUCCGACAUUGCUGGCCACGAUGAACACGAAAGGAAUCUCAUACUACAGUUGAAGAAAGGAAAAUGUCAUAAAAUUUCACCCGAUUGUUUUACAUUACAUCAUGCAUAUGUAUCUCUAUUAGUGAUAGUUAUACAAAUUGGAAUUUUUUUUUCCCUUGAGUGUCUGUAUUCCUUGUGAUGUGACAUACAUGUUUCUGGUUAUCGAUGUCAAGAUCUUGCUGCUGUU